CUGAUUCCCGAAGCAUUCAGGAAGUUGUGCUCUUUCCUGCCAUGAAGCCUCUGUUCGAGCCAUCUACUGAUGAAAGUCAUUGUUCAUCAUCAUCACAUCCAUGUCUUCCUCUUUCCGUAUCGUUGUCAUCGGAGACAUCCAUGAAGAAUGGACACUAGAACAUGACUCCAAAGCGCUCCAAUUUUUACAGCCUGAUCUGGUGCUGUUCACAGGUGACUUCGGCAAUGAGAAUGUUGAGCUUGUAAAGAGUAUUGCAAAGCUUAAUAUCCCUAAAGGAGCAAUACUUGGAAAUCAUGAUUCCUGGUCUACUAGUAAGUUCUCCAAGAAGGAGAAAGAUGGAGUUCAACUUCAACUGGAAUACCUUGGUGAAGCACAUGUUGGAUAUGACUGCUUUGACUUUCCUCCGUUAAAGCUUAGUGUUGUAGGUGGGAGACCAUUUUCUUGUGGAGGCGAUCAGUUAUUCCGGAAGAAGCUUAUAACGGCCAGAUAUAGAGUACAUAACAUGGAAGAAAGUGCUGAACAAAUUUACAAGGCUGCGUUACAGACUCCAAAGGAAAAUUCCAUUAUACUUCUCUCGCAUAAUGGACCAAGAGGUCUUGGUUCUGGCAAAGAUGACAUGUGUGGCAUUGACUGGAUGCCUGAAGCUGGAGAUCAUGGGGAUCCAGAUCUAGCACAAGCAAUUUUGCAAUUGAAAGAGACCACCAGCUAUAACAUUCCUUUGGUAGUGUUUGGGCACAUGCAUAAAGAAUUAUCUUGCGGAGGUUCUCGAAAGAUGAUAGCAAUGGAUGGGGAAACCAUGUACCUGAAUGCUGCUAUUGUUCCUAGAGUGAAGUAUCCAAGCUCUGGAGGUUCAAUUCGAGCAUUUACAGUGGUAGAAUUUUCAGGUGGCAAAGUAGUUAGGGUAGCAGAAACUUGGGUGUCAAUCUUGGAUGAUGAAUCCUCACUUGAAGAGGAGCACCUGCUAUUUGGUAGUAGCUAGUUUUUGAUUUGUGAAAUGUAUAGGAACAUUGUUAUAAGUGGAAUAUGGAAAAUGCAAGUAUUUAGCUAUAUCAAUUGUGCAUAAAGCUUACAUCAAACUACGAUACUAUGAUUCUGGAUGGCACUAUGGCCGUGUAUUAUCAGCUCUAA